GGAAAGUACAUAAAAGAAAGAGACCGUUCUCCAAAAUUAUAUGAAACUUUAAAAAGUUAUAGAUAGUGCAGGUGGACUUAAAAGAUUUAUUAAAUGACAAAUUGCCAUUGAAAUCUCAUCACAUUCAUUCAAAUAUUAACCAAUUGAUUCGAUUAAGCAAGAACUGACUUCUAGAAAUUUUCCACCUUUGAAUGUGAAAUUCUUGCUCAAACGCGUCGGACCCCUUCAAACUAUUACAAUUAUCAUCAAUUCUUUAUUGUUUUCACACUUCUCAUAUAUAUCUGACACAUUCAUACUCCAUACCUUAACCUCUACAAACUACUAACAUAUAUACACACAUCCCUUUCUCAUUUUUUUAAAUUAUUUGAGUCUUAAAUUACUCAAAUUUUUCAUUUUAGAUUUUGAAAAAUAGCGAAAAAUGGCAGAUGUUGCACUUACAGAAAACCAGAUUGCUGAGUUUCAUGAAGCAUUUUGUUUGAUCGAUAGGGACUCGGAUGGUUUAAUUACAGUUGAAGAAUUAACGAGUAUAAUCCAGUCAUUAGAUGGACAUCCAACUAAAGAAGAAAUUCAAGGUAUGAUCAAUGAAGUUGAUUUUGAUGGAAAUGGGAGUUUGGAUUUUCAAGAGUUUUUGAACAUUAUGGGGAGGAAGAUGAAGGAAAAUGUAGCCGAGGAGCUCAAAGAAGCUUUCAAGGUAUUUGACAGAAAUCAGGAUGGAUUUAUAUCAGCCAACGAGCUAAGGCAAGUGAUGAUAAAUUUAGGAGAAAGACUAACAGAGGAAGAGGCAGAACAAAUGAUAAAAGAAGCUGAUUUAGAUGGUGAUGGCCUUGUUAGUUAUGAAGAAUUUUCAAGGAUGAUGAUGGCUUAUUAAUUUUAUUUAAACUCUCUUUUCACAUUCAUUUGUUGAUUCCCCCUUUUUUUUAGGUAGGAAGCAUUGUAAUUUCCCCCUUUUUGUACUAUAAUUAGAAUACUCCAAACAAUAAUUAUAUAUUGUGAUGAUCACUAUUCAUAAAACAAA